AUGGCUUCCAAGCGCCAAAGCGUAGGGGAGCGAGCAGUGGCACUCGUGCUCGGCAAGCUCAAGGCAGCCGAACGCGUCCUGGGCCGACUACACCUUAUCCCGCCGCCGCUCCAGGGCCUGAUAACCAGCAUUACUUCCGAGUCGCCGUUCAGCACCCAUUCACGACCCGCAUUGCAGCAGACAACAGUGCAGGUGGUCUCGACACCCCAGCCUGUCCGAGAUCGCCAGUUCAGCCCCAGCAUCAGCCUCGAUUGCGCCUCCGAUCCCGAAUCGAGCUCGCCACAUACUCUGCGACACGAACGGCGCCGUCAUCCUGAUCCCACCGAGGUCUCGCACGAGCGACCGUCGUCCAUGCCACAGCAGGCGUACUUGAUUGGUCGCCCAGACAGUCCCAUGCUCCAAGCCAAGGACAUCCAAACCUAUACUGACGACGAGGAUGACGGUUCCACCUCAUUCCAGCUGACAUUCAACGCCGACGCGCUCCGUGAACUCCUCGAAAAGUGGGAAGCGACGCCUGCCGUCGAUGACGAGUCUGCUCCACGCAUAGACACAGACUUGACCGUCCCGGCGACGAGCAGGGUACAUGAGAUGGGUCACGACGUGUUCUUCCACAAGUUAUAUCCGCGCUGGUAG